CACAUGAGCCUAAACAAGAGAUUUAAACUCAAUGUAAAGCCCAAAGUGAUGGGGCAACAGCAAAAAAAAACAACAACCCUACAGCUGUACGGUAGCUUCUAUCCAAGCUUCUCCUACAUCACUAACCAUAAAACAGAGCCCUGAUGGAUUUAUUAUUUCCCCCUCUACUUCCCAAAUCCUUGGCCGUAGGUUGUGCCAAGUGGCACACUGGAUUGUAGCAGGCACAGAGUGUCCUUUAGAUGCUAGGACAAGGCACCGCGAAUUUCCUAUUAUGUAAAGAGAAGACCAUAUUCAGGCCCUCAGGACUGAAAAAAGGCCAGCAUACAUUACCCAAACUAAAGCACUGUGCCACUCUGAAAGCCAGUCCUGAAUGCUCUGGAAACCAUCCCAGUUUCAGAGGAACUGAGUGCUGCUCAAAUAAAGCUGAGGGCCCAGCUCUGCUUUCUUAUGUGAUUUCAAUCAGCAAAAGAAAGGACCAUGCCUCCAUGGAACAGAAUUUAAAUUGUGUGUGUCCAUGGGGGAAGGGUGGCCUCCAAAGACGAAUUCACUGGUUUCUGACUUAGGUAGCUGUAAAGGUGUUAACGUUUGGGCUUUCAAGAAACUUCUCACAGGAACUAAUGUGUGAAAUCUACCUGAUACCUAUUAAAGCCCAACCCAACACUAAGUUACAACAUAUGCUUUAACAGGUCUUACUGAUCUUUCAGAGGAGCAGUUAGCUUUUUGUCGAGCCUUGAGCAAGAGCAAACACCACUGGUGGCACUGACCGUCCUGCCUGGGGCCUGCAGUCCCUCUUGACCCAUCAGGUACGCUCAGAACAGGGCUCCUCUGAAGGCCUUGCUCAAGCCAGACAGCUCCAAAGCCCCAGUCUGUGCUGAGCAGAAAUGAACUCUGCCCCUCCAGCCUCAUCUGAACUAGGUCACUGUGCAUUGAUUCAACCCAUAUAUUUAUUCAGACUUCAGCAAGUUGUGUACAUAAAGUGGUUUUGCCAGAACUAUGACAGAACUACUCGUGCAGGCACACAAAAUGUUGUUUAUGGAUAUACGGAAAGCACUGGGGGGUGAAAUAGUUUAGGAUAGUUAUUCUGUACAAUUUCAACAGGGAAACAAAAUACAAAAGGAAAGACCAGUCCCUUUGCACCUCAUAUGGAAGACAGGGCAUGAAAAGGUGAACAAGCAGCAGUUUAACAAGACACGUGCAAAACAGCUACAUCUCCAUCGCUUAGUAUUAUAGUCACAGGUUGCUAUAAACUUUCUUGUAAUAAAUAUUAAACUUUCAAACCAAAUGAACUAGGGAAAAAGACCCAACACUAACUAAAGUAUUGAAAUGCUUUCAGCUGAGACACAUCCUUGUCACCCACACAUGCACACCAGAAUAGGGACAGCUUUUAGACUUGAGGCUGAAAUUAUCCUUUUCUGGGCAACUUUACAUUUUUGAGCAACUUAGCUUCUUUCAUAGUCUUUUAACCAGUUUUAAUUGAAAUGGCUUGUUGGGUGGCUUAUCAUAAGUAGGUGACUAGCCAAUUCGGAGUCGUGUUGACUUUGCUAGGCACUUUACUCCAGUUUAUCCACUAAAACAUUUAUUACAAUGUCAGAUGCAGUUCAGGGUGUGGAUUUCAGGUUCCCUGAGAGGUGACAUGCAGUUCCUGCCUUCUGUGGCACAGAUGGAUAGCAUUUAAGAUGUGCUAACAGUUCAUUCCUUUUCACUGCUCAGCCAGUCACUGUUUUCCAGGAACUGUAAUCCUUCCACAGGAGGCCCACCUCUGACAGGGAAGUUAUUUGUGCUGCGCUGCUAGGACUGAUGAGAACCAGGCAUCUGAGAACGCUGUACAUUCCAGCUGCGAGAGGAUGCACACAGAUAAAAGACUUAAUUUCUGUUCUAUUUGGACAUGAGUGAAAUUUAGUUUGACAGCUUCCUAAUUUGGCAGGAGGAGAAUAUUGCCAUGCAUUAAUAUGGCUCUUUUGGCAGUGUUACUAUGCAUUCAAUAACCCAAUUCUAAAAAUGGACCACAGAUAAAAUACUGCUUUAUUCGUUGUUUUGUUUGAUUCUUAAUACAUAAGCAAUUAAAGCCACCACUGCACAGCAGUAUAGUUUUUUAAACCCUGGCAAGUUCCACAUAGUUAAGUCUCUGGAAACUUGUGACUUUUACAGCUAGCUAGCUAGACAAAAUAGUUUGAAGAAAGCCUCAAGUUACAGUGUGACUCACUGCCAUGGAAAAUACUUUUCACUGAAAAAUACAGAUUCUUGUUCUGCUUGAGAAUUCUUUUUCCUUGCCACACCCCACGAAGUUAAACAGCAUGCGAAGCCUGAGUUUGUUUUUCUAAGCGGAAGACAGGCUAGCUGAAGAAUUAUUUUCAUCUUAAUGUUGUUUCAUUACUGGUCAGUAUAUAGUUUGGGCUUUGCUACCACACUGCACUGUCAUGGCUUUUAAAGCUUCCAUUUUAUGACCUCCAUUUUGGAGCUAAACUUCACCGAGUUAACUCCUGCACUGAGCUCAAUGCUUGUUUUGCUCAGAGUAAAAUUUGCUUAUGAUUUAAGCUUAGAUUCUUAGCUGUUAUGGGCUAGUUUUCCCUUUUGCAAAAAGAGGUGGCAAAGCACUUGAGGCACAGUAUUUUUGAAAUACAUGUCAAAGCAGCAAUUAUCAGCGUGACUGUAUUUUGGGUUCUGUGAUCACAGCAGUGAGUUACCAUGUUAAUCAGCUGGUUUCUAUUAAGGAUUGUACUAACAGGCACGUAAUGGGGCUUUGGAUUUAAAACCAAAAACUGGCUAGCUUUUAUGUUGUGCAGAUUCCAGUAUGUUUGUCAUGCUUCCUUAGAAAAGCGGCGUACAGAACCACUGACUUUUGGAGGAUGAUUACUGACUGCCUCCAUGUAAUACCACACACUUAGAGUAAGUUAGCGUCCUUAUGGCCCGAUCUUGUAGUGCAGUGAUGACAAACAGCGCCUACCUAUGCUAAGGAGGAGCCCAAGCCAGGCCCCCAAACUAAACCGUUACCACAGCAACAGCGGAGGCAAAACACGGUGAGCCACAGCUCCUCAUGUCUCGCCGGCCUCAGAGAGAAACUUCCCCACACCACCCAGCAAACUCCAGGCAGACCUCUAACAAAGCCACAUGAGUAAUUCGGUGCUGGAAAAUAAGAACAUCGUACAAUAAUCGGCAACAAGAAUUACUCAUUCCUAAAUUUAAUUCACUGACUGCCAAGGGAGGAGAUAAAAGUAUUUGUUUCUUCACAUACAGCAUUAGUCAGCUACGACCUGGGACACAAAAGAGGCUGCCCUAGGGACAGAUCCCACCGUACUGACAACAAGAUGUCUCCAUGCAGUGACCAAGUGACUACUAAGGUAUCGAGCCAGACAGAACGCUUCACCCUACCGCUUCUUCUGCGCCUUCAUUCUUCAGGCAGCUGUCACUGCAAUGAACAAGAGCAGCUGUGGUUUCCUGUUAGUGCUGGCCACUAGCACGCAAGUCACCACACAAGCAAGGGAAAGAAUAAUCUGACCCGCAGCAUUACUUCAGCUACCACUGAGCAUCAGCCCAGUCUCAAAUACUUAGCUUGGAUCAUAAGCAACUGGAGUUCCUCCAUGCCCUCCAUGCAAGAGAACUGCUCAUGUCCAAUUUCUCAAAGGGAUGAGGAGGCAUCUAAUUAGUUUCCUGUCCAGCAAACAGCUAAAUUGCAGAAAAGUCUUUAAAACCUGGAUUUGUGUGCUGCAAGACCUACUACUUAAACGGGUAUAUUCAUGACCAUCUUGUAAAGAUACCUACAGCGCAGAAGAGAAGCACAUCAAAAGAAAAAGAAUCACCACCUUCUUGAGUUGCAAAAGUUUGCAGGGCCUACUACUCCAGGCUUCUCUUCUCUGCAGUCUUGAAAACAGAAUUAAGGAUUCUUUUCUCUAAAAAUGAAAUAGGCAACAGAAACGACAGCAGAAAAGAAGGUACAGAAGGACCAGUAGUCAAGGAAUGAAUGGCUCAAUUUCUGCCAGCAGACAGUACAAAGCCGAAGUUCACAAGUCUGCAUCUGAAGAGACGUAGGAGCAGUGUUCCUCCUACUGCUCUGAAAGCCUUCCAGAUGCCAACUCACCCCCUUCUUUUAAAAGAUCCCAAGUACGGAUGCCUAUAGAACCAAGGAGCAAAUCCCAGAGUGCAUUAGGUUGAGAAAACUGUCUUGGACCAGUCUAGCAGGCAGAGCCCUAACCUUUCCAAAAGUGCUGCAGUGCUUGCUGCCGUGUCAGAGAAAUUGGGCAUAAGAAAUGCUACUUAAUCAAGAAUGUCUACCGAGGAUUUAGAAGCAUAAGGAUCGGAACAGAAGUACCUGGGAUGCUGUCAGAAGAUCUGUCUUUGAGCAGCAUCAGUAGAAAAAAAUCCUGGAUGGAUUCAAAGGUUAAAAAGACAUGUAACAGACAGACUGGGACAAGAUUGAAUCUUACACCUGUGGCAGAUGGAUUAGUUCCUGAAUUUCUCUGCUGGUGUUCUGUUUUCUACCUCUGCAGAAUUCCCUACUGCAGUAGCUUAUUAACAACACUGCCAAAACUUAUAAACAUGUAGUUAGGUGUCUGCAUUUUAAUGCAUAAAAUGCUUGUAGCUGUAGCUGAGUAUUUUAAAAUGACAAUAUAGCAGAUAACUUAAAUCUAGGAUUUCUGUUUUGUGGUGUGUAAGGUAGAUAACUUUUUAAUAAGCUUAGAAGUGUUUUGAACUUCAACAGUAUGAUAAAUAUGUGGAUUAAAGCAACUUCUAAAUUGUCUGCUCAAGCGUCACUGUGACCUCUUAAUGCUUAUUAAAUACUUAAAAAUUUAUUGGUAAUAUCCUGAAAUAUGCCUUUAAAAUAUUCACUUACCAAAUACAGUACUUUUAUGCUAAAACAGCAAUGUUAAUUUAUAGCUAUGUAAAUUAUGAAAUUCUACUGAAUUUUUCUGAAAUUUAAGAGACUCUAGUAUAUUUGAGUUAAAAUUGUUAUUUUUUCCAGGGGAUGGAAUUGUCCUAACUGCUGUAAAAGUUUGAGACACUUAUUUCACAUCAAUUACAAUGUAAAUUCACAUGAUGUUAAUUAGUGAUAAUAAAUGAGCUUAAGUCUGCUCAGGUGAUAGAAGAGUGAGUAAUAAAAGUUAGGUUCCUGGAAACUUUGUUAGGGUCUUUUCAGUACAUACUGACCUUCACUACAGGUCUGCGUCUGCUACAUAUUUCCAAGUAUAAGAAUCAUAAAUUAAGCCCUACUGUAGAUAAUUUAGUAUGCUAAAUAAGCUUGACCCAGUAAAUAACUUCCUUUUUUAUCAUGCAUUUAAUUUUAUAAGCAUUAACUAGUAUUUUUACUAGUAAAAUUAUGAAGUAUUCCUUUGAAAUUUAGGUAUUUUAAAUUUAAGAAAAAGCUGAAAUCAUUCUUAUUGUGCUAGUGUUUAGUGUUGUAGUUACUGCAUAAACCACACUGUUCAAAGUCAAACUUAGCCAACAAUCAAAAAUGUCGAAAAGAUCUCAAAUUCAUAUUUUUGUUGGAGCGCCCACUAUUCCAAGCCAAAUGGACAUGUCUGAAGAAAGUAGUUUGGCACCUGCUGUUGAAAAAUGGAGAGAACUCCACUGUUCAUUUGAUAUACAUAGUCUUUUUUCUGAAAAAGUCAAAGGGACAGACUGUUUAAUGUUUCAGGCAGGAAGCUCCCCAGUCACAGCAGUUUCUGCAAAUGAUGACAGCUCUCAGCAGCCUGAACAGGGGCGAUUAACGGCAGCAAAAGAAUGUUUGUCAUCUUUUGUACCUAUUGUGGGAAUUUGUGCCAGUACACCCCAAAAGACCAGAAGUUUAAUUCAUUCUGAUUGUCAAAUAUCCAGAGAUGGACAGGAACCUGCAAACAUAAAUCCGGCUGCAGAUCAACACCUUCUUCAAAAACUUGUGAAAUCCAAUAGACAAUGUAAGCAAUCAUGUGACUGUUCAAACAUCACUGAAGUAAAAGCCAGUCAUUUAGAAGAUAAGGGCUCUGACAUUUCUGAUUUGGUGGCUAGUACGAAGGAGAUUAGCAUACACCUAAGGUCUGUGGAACAAGGUGUUCAAUCAGAUGAUAAAAACGAUCACCAUGAACAUCUAAGUCAAUAUCUGGAUAUGUUUUUCCCCAAAAAUCAAGAGUCAAAACCAAGAGGAAAACCAAGUGGUUGUGUAGACCUUGCAGUGUCAACUGAUACUGAAUUUCGUAGUAUAAUGACUUCAAGUCAGGUGGCUGUUCUUGCACAGAAUCACUUUAAGAACAAGAAUGAGAUGCAGAGAACUGUACAGCUAUUAGAAACAGGGAAUAAAUGUGAAAGAAGACUAUGUGAUCACUUUAAAUUUGAAUCUGAUGCUGGAACAUGUCUUAGCGUGGCUGAAAAUGACUGUGGGCAGGAGUAUACAAGUUCUCUCGAACUUUUCAGUUCGCAGUGUGAUGAGAAAAACAUUUGCUUCGAAGCUACAAGAGAAGUGAAUGCUCAUGAAAAUACAGGGAAGUCUCACAAAUCUCAUGUUUCUGCUGUGCAAUUUGAAAAUGAAAUCCAUAUUGAACCUUUGAGCUCAGGAAUACUGUGCUCUCAGGGAGAAAGUUCUCAUAAGAGCUCUUCUAAAAGAGCCCACAAGUCUGAAGAUUUUUUUCAUAUUUUCCCAUCAACAUUUAAAAGGCAGCUGAAAUGCAAGAGAGCAAAAUUGAAUUCUCCUCCAGCUGGUCCUGGAAUGAGAGUCGAUCAAGAAAGGACAGAGUUCAAGCAGUCUCAAAGGGAACUACUGUCGCCACUUAAGAACUGCUGCUGCAAAAAUCAAAAGUACAAUGUGUUGGUCACAAUAGUACAUCCAUGUCUUAUCAAAGAAAUACAGAUUAAGGCUAGACCAAAAUCUUCAUGUAAAGUGCCAGUAGCAACAAUUGUAGUUACUGACCAGUCAGAGACUGAGAGGAAGGUGGUGCUAUGGCGUGGUGCUGCAUUUUGGUCACUCACUGUGUUUCCUGGGGAUAUCGUAUUACUUACAGAUAUCAUGAUGUAUGAGAAUCUUUGGUAUGGAGAAAUCAUGCUGCAAUCUACGUUUACCAGUCAGUUACUGAAUCUGGGGAACUGCUCAGCUCUCAAUCCAGAAGAAUUUUAUCAUAUAGUGGAUGGCGAUGUUCUCCGUGGCUUACUGGCAUACGUAUCAUCAGAAUUUCCUCACUUCGGACACAUUCCACGAAGGCAAGUUCAGAGACUGAAUAGUGUUCAGUAUGCUCAGCUAGACCAGCUUCAGCCAAACACAUUGGUUCACUUGAUCUUAAAAAUCAUCAACAUUGCCAUAUUAACAGAAUCCGUGUAUAGCUACAGAGGCGGCACCCAGAGAAAAGUUAUUCUAACAGUAGAACAGAGAAGAGACCGACACUACAGAAUGGUGCUGUGGGGAGCAGGAGCUGCCUGGUGCCCUCUACUUCAAAGGAGAAAAGGUCAUCUAUGGGACUUUAAAUACCUUCUGGUCCAACGAAGUUCUGUCUCAGGUGACUUAGAGUUGCACACAACUCCAUGGUCAUCCUGUGAGUGUUUGUUUGAUGAUGACAAAAGGGCCAUUGAAUUUAAAGAAAAGUUUCAGAAAAGCAAAACCUCUGUCAUGAAAAUGACAAAUCUAUCAGCACAUUUGGAUGAAAAAUGCUCAGGAGUGAUUCAAGUGAAAGCCCACAUCUUAGAGCUGAAGUUCACUGUUUUAACUGGUCAGUACAGGCAACUCAUCUUCCAUGCUGACACUUCCCUGGAGUGUGUGUUGGCUUCUCUGCCUAUGAUUACGUAUUCAGGCUGUGCUAAAUGUGGCUUGGAACUACAGGCAGAUGAGAAUAUGAUCUACAAGCAAUGUUUUAGAUGUUUGCCAUACAACAAAGUAAAAACAUUCUACAGGCCUGCUUUGAUGACAGUAGAAGAUAGAGGAUGUGAAAUUAAUAUUCAUGUGGUGUCUGAGUUGAUGGAAAAAAUCUUCCUCAAUAUUCCUGCCGACUGGCUGAACAGAUCAGUAGUGCCUUCCUCAGAUAUAACGUACAGCACAAUAGUAGCAGAUCUGUGUCAUUCACUGCUAGCAGAUACAGAAGCAUCGUACUUCUUGGAAAUUAAGAGCCAUUUUGUGCUAGAUGAAAACAGCUAUCCUUUGCAAAAGGAUUUCCAUCUGCUAAAUUUCCAUCCUGAUCUUUGAAGCAUUGACCUCUGCCACAACUGAAUAACACUGUAAGAACAAGAUUGCAAGCAGAAGAAAAAUUAAUUAGCUCAAGGAAGCAAAUAUUUUUUUAAAAUACAAUAAGCAUUCUUGCAUUUAACUUAUUUCCCUCAAAAAACACAAAAGGACUGGUAUGGAAUAUCUGCUAAUUGUAUAUACUACCGCUGUAAAACUGAUGAAUUGUCAUAAAAUGUAUUUUUAUACAUAUAUUUUGAUUUUAAUAAACUCUUGCUGGUAUCUCAGUUUUCUACUCUACAGAAAAGUUUUCUAAUGUUAAGAGACUGAAUUUUUCAGAUAUGGCAUAUUAGAGGAAGAUGGUCACAAUUCAGUAACAUCAUUGUAGUUAAAAAGACUUUCAUCCUACCUGUUAUGUCUUUGCGCUUACUAUCCUAUUGUGGUUGCUUUCUGUCUUUUAACAGCAAGAUUUCUGCUGCUCUGCCUCAGAAUUGCUGCUUUUUUCUCUUAAAAUAGCUCUCUGAGAAUCUAAUCUUGUGUAGCUAGAAGCUAUUGCAUCAAUUUAAAUGGUCUUAAACAGUUUCAAAUGGUGCAUUCUUUUAUGGUCACCUUAAAUCAUUUAGUUGUAUGCAUGUAGCUAUAAGCUAGCAAAUAAACGUAAUCACCUUAAACCAAUUUAAAAUCAAUCAAAGACAAUUUAACUCAGUUUUACAAAACUCUCUCAGUUCAAUAAGAUUUAGAAAUCCAUUUAAUUCUUAUUAAAGUCUUAGUGUAUUCUUUGUGAUGUUCAUCGUUAAAAGACUGAGUAAAUGAUUACUGUAC